AUGCCCACCGUACUUCUGGUGGUUGUUGCAGCCUUAAAUGGCCGUAUGGAUCUGGAAGCCAACCUGACGGCUGCGGCAACGGUGGCGCAGCAAUACGCAGAUCAUGCUCCACCUGCCUGGCAACAGCAGCGAAUCAAGCGGGAUGGUCAGCAUGUUCACAUGACGUUCCUCAGCAAAGGCGAUCUGCAGCUCUUAAUGCAGAGCGGUAUGGUGCACGUGCAGGCUGAGGUGUGGGAGGAGGCUGGAGCCACGGCACCCGAUCCAACAGAUAUCUUGGCGGUCUCUAACUCGAUUGCCCUGGUCCUCGCGAAGUUGCCACGGUGCUGGGACUGGGUUGACGUUGGGACCGGCUUCUGCAAGGAUGACUGUGGGGAGUCAGUGUUCCGUGUUGUGCUUUGGCCAGCUGCUGCGGCUGUUCGAAAGAAGUUAGGCUUGCCAGCAAAGGAUUUCCAUAUUACCUUGGGCUUUCAAGGUAGCGAUGUCCACUCAAAGGCCAAAGGACUCACAUCCCUGCGAGCAGCUCCAAGCAACGCCGCAUCACAGCGCUUAACGACCGAGGCAUUUCUUCUGUCAUCUGCAAUUUCUGCUGAUGCGUUUCCACUCUACCAGGACAGCAUGGAGCAAGUUACAUCUGCAGCAUUGCUGGGUUCAGGUGAAAAUGAAGCCUCAGAGGUCGACGCAUUGAGAGUGGCGUGCUUGUUCUACGGACGAGUAAAGAGAUUCGAUCAAGUUCUAGCAUCGUCGGACCGUUUGCUCCAGCUCCAAAGUGGAGACGAAACGGGCUGUCGAAGCCGUGCUUUUGCUUUGGUCAUGCUGUCCCGCUACGAAGAAGCAGUUUCUGCUCUUGAGUUGGCAAGGAGUCAACUCCACACGUUGCCUCCCGAACAGCAUGCAGUCGAGCACGCGCGUGUAUUGAAAGCACUCUCGCACUGUCAGAAGAAGCUGGGUGCUGGCUACCCAGGUAGCGCGACUGGUCUGAAACACUGUCUUGCAGAAGGUGUCGGCAAGGCAAAUUACCCAAAGACACCGCAUCUUCCCUUCUCUCCGGGCAUAAAUCCCGACGACACACGCGUCUCAGACUGCCAAAAUCUUCUGUCACGCGAGGUCGUCAUAACAGAGAAGUUGGAUGGUGGCAAUUGUUGCAUCAAGGCAGAUGUCGAAAGCCAGCGGCUGCAGGUAUUUGGCCGGACUCAUGCACAGCCAGCCGAGCACGCAUCCUUUUCGGCAGUGAAAGAGCUGGCGGCAUGUAUCGAGUAUGAUGAACUGGGGGAUGUGGAGAUCUUUGGAGAGAAUAUGCAAGCUGUACACAGCAUCGAGUACGGCAGUCUCACGAACUACUUCUAUGUCUUCGCGGCGCGCAGAAGUGGGGACUGGCUGUGUUGGGACGAAACUCGAGACCUGGCCAAGAGGCUUGGUCUGGCGACAGUGCCUGAGGUUUUCCGUGGUGCUCUUUCUGAGGGAGAACUUCAAGGCUCCCUGGAGCAAUGGCAGAUGGAGCCGUCAGCGCUAGAUGCCAAAAAGACUCCGGAAGGUUUUGUGGUUAGACAUGCAGCUGCAAUUCCCGGCGGGUCGUUUGCUGAAUGUAUCGGGAAGUUCGUCCGGGCAAACCAUAUCCAGACAGACGAGUCGUGGAAACGGACUUGGAAGAAGGCUUGCCUCGGCAAAGAGAUGCCGCAUCAAGUAAAGGCAGUUCAAGCAGACGGCGACAUUUGCUUGUACACUGCGUCUGGAGAUCUGGCAUUGGCAUUCCCGUCCGGGCAUAAACAGGCAAUUGUGCAAAUGACUGUGUCGCCAAUGCAGGACGAGUACGUCGUCGCGACUGUGGAUUCGACAGGGGUUAUGAGGGUACACCGACUUUUUGUGCGCCCGCGACGCGGCCCACAAGAACAGAGGCGAAGGGUCACCAAUCCGGAUGAAGAGAAGUGCGAACCUGCUGUCACUUCCUUGCAUCGAAAUGCAAUCAGCCAGAGCGUGGUUCUGAAAUACACUGCCAUGGUGGUCAGUCCGGCUUGGCCUGCAGAGAUCUUGAUGCCCAAUGCCGCCUCUUGCAUCAAUGCACAGCUUUUUGACCCGUGUUCUCAGAAGGACCCAUGCCGGCAAAUGCAGGUAAACGGCGACAUUGAGAAGGCAAGAUCGGCUCAGGAGGCCCGGGGACACUUCAACAUGCCGAGCCCUCGUGACUGCAAGGCAACCAUGCUGCAAGGUAGCGGAACUGUCCAAGUGACUGAUGGGUCCCC